AUGAUUUGGAAGAAUGGAUAUGAAAGAAUGAAAUCUGAAGAUGGAGCUCUGAAGGAGGCUGUGAGCUUUGAGGACAAGAGCGUUAGACUGAAGGCGGUGAUGUCACGGGUUCCCACCCCUCCCCCUCCUGGGGAGAUGUCCAGUGGACCUGUGGCAGAGAGCUGGUGUUACACACAGGUUAAAGUGGUAAAGUUUUCCUACAUGUGGACCAUAAACAACUUCAGUUUUUGUCGAGAAGAAAUGGGUGAAGUUUUGAAAAGUUCGACCUUCUCAUCUGGGCCUAAUGACAAGAUGAAAUGGUGUUUGCGAGUCAAUCCGAAGGGGCUGGAUGAUGAAAGCAAAGAUUAUCUGUCAUUGUAUUUACUUCUUGUUAGUUGUCCAAAAAGUGAAGUCAGAGCUAAGUUCAAAUUUUCUUUGUUGAACGCUAAAAGAGAAGAGACUAAAGCGAUGGAAAGCCAAAGAGCAUAUAGAUUUGUCCAAGGCAAAGACUGGGGGUUUAAAAAAUUUAUUCGAAGAGAUUUUCUUCUUGAUGAAGCCAAUGGACUAUUGCCAGAUGACAAACUCACUCUGUUCUGUGAGGUGAGUGUUGUCCAGGACUCGGUGAACAUUUCGGGCCAGUCCAACAUGAACAUGCUGAAGGUGCCGGAGUGCCAGCUGUCUGACGACCUGGGGAACCUCUGGGAGUGCUCACGCUUCACCGACUGCAGCCUCUACGUGGGAGGGCAGGAGUUCAAGGCCCACAAAUCCAUCCUUGCAGCGAGGUCCCCGGUCUUCAAUGCAAUGUUUGAACAUGAAAUGGAGGAGAGUAAAAAGAACCGCGUGGACAUCAGCGACGUGGACCCAGAAGUCUUCAAGGAGAUGAUGGGAUUCAUUUACACAGGGAAGGCCCCGAACCUGGAGAAAAUGGCCGACAACCUGCUGGCAGCUGCAGACAAAUACGCGCUGGAGCGUUUAAAGGUCAUGUGCGAAGAGGCGCUCUGCAACAGCCUCUCGGUGGAGAACGUGGCCGACACCCUCAUCCUCGCCGACCUGCACAGCGCCGAGCAACUCAAAGCACAAGCCAUAGAUUUUAUCAACAGGUGCAGUGUCCUGAGACAACUGGGCUGUAAAGAUGGAAAGAACUGGAAUAGCAAUCACGCUACAGACAUAAUGGAGACUGCCGGCUGGAAGUCAAUGAUCCAGUCGCACCCUCACUUGGUGGCUGAGGCGUUCCGUGCGCUGGCCUCCGCACAGUGCCCGCCCUUUGGUCUCCCCCGCAAACGCCUAAAACAGUCCUGA